AUGUCAAGAUAUGCGUUGAUAUCGCUGCCCCAGAGCGCGUUCGACUCUGGCGACCGUGAUGAGGCCAUCUCGUCCCUGAGCGCGACAAUAACGUCCGACAAUGGCACUGUGCUGCCGUUUAGCAUCCCCGACUUCAAAAUCGGAACUCUAGACCUGCUUGUCCAGCAAGCCGAUGACUUGGCCAAGCUCGAGGGUGCAUGUCAGUCAGUCGUCGCCAAGGUUGCGGAUUCCUUGCGCACGGUGCUCAACAAUGACGAGGACCGCAUGGCCUCGUACAAGAUGGUCAAUGAUAAGCCGACCGAUCACUACCUGCGCAACUUUAGCUGGAACAAGAUGAGAUACCGAGCCGACAAGCCCAUUGCUGAUCUUAUUGGCACUCUUCAGAAGGCAUGGACUCUUUCUCUCUACUUUCUUCAUUGCCGGCACAUUGAGCUCAACACAGUCGACAACGACGUCAAGUCCAAGUUCAACCAGUACAACGCCGUCAAGACAAAUCUUGCACAGCUCCAAAGGAAACAGACUGGCACCCUCGCGACGAAAUCUCUCACCCCGAUCGUCAAGCCGUCGCUGCUCGUUCAAGAUUCAGAGUACCUUGAAACUCACCUCAUCGCCGUGCCGACGAAUGCGAAGAAGGACUUUAUUAAGAGCUACGAGACCCUCGCGCCCAUGGUGGUGCCCCGAUCAUCGGUAGAAAUCGACCAUGACGACGAGUUCACGCUGUUUGCCGUCGUGACUUUCAAGAAGCAUAGCGCCGAGUUUGUCCACAAGUGCCGAGAGCAAAAGUGGACACCUCGUCAGUACAAAUAUGUCGAAGGCGGCCGCGAAGAAGAACAACGAGAGCUGGAUCGUGUGACCAACGAAGAGCGCAAGGUUUGUGGCGAAGCCCUGCGCAUGGGAAGGACUGGGUGGAGUGAAAGUGUCAUGAUCUGGGUGCAUGUCCUUACCUUGCGCGUCUUUGUUGAGGCCGUAUUGCGAUAUGGAUUGCCGCUGGACUACGCUACGGCUCUGAUCAAGACGACACCGAAGCUGGCCCCCAAGGCAAAGGCAGCGCUGGACUCAAAGUAUUCAUACCUGGGCGGAAAUGCGUUCGGAAGGGACAAGCACGGCAGGGUCACGAAAGAUGAUGCCGCCCUUAGCUCAGAGAUGGCCGCGGCGGGAUUAGGGACCGGCGAAGGAAACGAGUACACGGCUUUUGUUUACUAUGAGGCUGAAUUUCCCUGA